CCAUGGGACACCCUCAUGGCUUGGGCUGCUCCCCUGAACCCUCGGGGUGGGCACUGAGAGCUGUAGCCCUUGGGGCAGGGUACAGGUGACAUGGUGGGAGUCCCUGGGGUUGGGCCAACUCUAGGGAACUGUUGCGUGUUGGCAAAGAAGGUCCUGCUGUCGCACUGGCCGUGCCAUGGCGGGGUCCCAUGGGGGUCUCAGUUGAUGUAUGGGGCUGCAGUCACUCUCUGACCUCCCUGCUAUGUGAGAGCCAAGCCCUGGAAGCGCAGCAGGUAGCUGGCCCCGUGUGCGUGGGGCCAGUGCCUUGCCGUGUAGGAGACAGGCGGGCUGGGGGCGGUGGGUAUUUUGGGUGUUUGGCUGCAUCUAGUUCCUUCAGGGCGGAGGCUCUGCUGCACUUUUGAAGCGCAUGGGGACACGUGCCCCCGCUAUCCCAUGACAGGCUGGGAAGGUGCUGGUGCUGCAGAGGCUCCCCUGGGAGGAAGCCGGCUGCUCAGCAGAUGUGAGACUGCCAGCAGGAGCCCCAGUAGCUCAAAAUGGCUUUAAUUUGCAUCAGGGUCUGUCCUGAGAACAGCUCGAGCUCAGCUGCAGCAGUGGCAGGCCAGCACUUGCAGCAGGGAACAAAGAGCAGGACCUGGUGCUCAGGGAGCCAGGAGUGAGCAUGACUCACCCAGCGAGCCAUGCCAAGCCUGCCUGGGGCAAGGCCUCCUUCGACCCAGCUUUAGGACUGCCCUGCCUCACAGUUUGGGGGUCCGUACUGUCCCCAGCUCUCCAAGAUCUCCCACAGCACCUGGCAGGUGCAGGCUGGGACCCCUCCUGCCCCAUAUGUCUCCUUCCAAGCGCUGCUGGCCCCACAUGGAGUGCAGCACUACCAGGAUGCAGCAGGCAGCUCCUUGCUGACCCGUUUUUUCCCUGCCUGUGCCCCUCCUGUGCCUUAGAGGUCCUGGAGGAAGAUGCGAGCCCAGCUGUUUGCUGCCAGCCCCUCCGGUGUGGCCCGCAUGGAGAAGUUCGACGUGCGGGAUGAUGGCACAGCCCCGGAGAAGAUGCCUCUGCAGCGCUGUGCCCGCCGCGUAAUCCGCCUCUCAGACUGUGUCUCUGUGGGCCCAGCAGGCACAGAGAGCUGCCCCAAAGCCACCUCCGCCUUCUACCUCACCACCACGGAGAAGAGCUAUGUGCUGGCGGCUGAGCAGCGGGAUGAGUGGAUUGCCCAGCUCUGCCAGCUGGCCUUCCAGGGUGCAAAAGAGAUGGUGCCGAGUAGUGCCAGGACCCAGCUCAGCCCCUCCGUCCCCAUGGAGGAGAACUCCCUAUACUCUUCCUGGCAGGACUUGACUGAAUACCUGGUGCUGGUGGUCCAGACAGAUGCAUCCACCCGCUGUGGCCUGCACGGGCAGUACCUGCUCUCAGCCCUUCCCCAGAGCCUGACACUGAAGGACCUGCAGUCCCGUCAGCCCCUGCUUACCUGGCCCUACCCCUUCCUCCGCAAGUUUGGCCAGGAUCAGGUGAGUCCCCUGCUCCCUCCUUGGGGCUGCUGGCUCCCCAGGGUGGGUGCCAGCCCCUCACUCUCCCCUCUGGCCCUGCAGGCUGUCUUCUCAUUCGAGGCUGGUCGCCGCAGUGACUCUGGCGAGGGCACCUUCACCUUCAGCACCCCGCGGGCCCCUGAGCUCUGCCGGGCUGUGGCUGCUGCCAUUGCCUGCCAGCAGCAGGGCAAGGACACCCCGGACCCCAGGCUCUUCUGUGUCCCAGACUCCCAGCUGUCUGCACAGGGCCUUGAACCCCAACCCUGGGGCCCUGGGACAGAGGACCCCCAGCCCAGCCCAGCCCUGGGGGGGGCACAGCCUGCCUCCAAUGCCUCUGCCAGCCUCCUCUGCUUCACCCCGCCAGAGCCAGAGGGCUCGUGCCCUAUCAUCUAUGCCUCCAUCGCCCGGGGCCACCAGCCCCUCUUCGUGCCAGGGCAGCCGGGCUCUUGUGAGCCCUGGGCCGCAGGGAAGCCGCUCCCUGAGCACCUCUACGAGAACAUCUUCACCGCAGAACAGCUUCCAGUCGGGACACAGGAAGAAGAGGAGGAAGGGCAGUGGGAGCUGGGGUGCCGACAGGCCCCCGAGGGCCACAGCAGCGAGGGGGGACCCCUCUAUGACAACCGGGCUGCCCUGGCACAGCCCCCCGGGGCCGCGGGCUGGGGGCGCGGGGGGCAGGAGCCACUGCUGGGGCGCUCCAGGCACAAGCCUCAUAGCACCCUCCGGGCUAAGCUGGUGCGGCUGCUGAGCCGAGAGAGCGCCGGGGCGCGGGACUGGGCCUGAUGCGGUCGGUGCCGUUCGGUCAAUAAAGGCCCUGCCCGGACCCGGCUCCGCCGCUGCUGCGGGGGGGGCAGCUCUCGCCUCUCCGCCAGGGGGCGCCGCCGUGCCCGCCCUGCCGGGCAGAGGCGCGCGCGCUGAUUGGCCGAGCCGC